GCGGCCAGCACUCUGCAGUCAUCCUGCGGAAAGGCCGCCUGUUCCUGGCCGGGGACAACCGCUUCGGCCAGUUGGGACAGCCGCUGCGCGCGGUGGAGUGGACCAGCGCCUUCACCGAGUUGCCUUUUCACGGCUACUCGCUGCGGGUGCGCACGGUGGGGCUUGGAAG